AUGAGUCGGGUCCCUCCAGUGUAUACAGCACGAAUAGAGAACUACUAUCCCUACACUCCCAUCAAGGGCAUAUCCAUCGCUUUUGCUGUCCUCUUCUUUAUUUCUGGCGUUCUUCACAUCUACCAAAACAACAUCAAAUAUCGCUCGUGGAAAAUCGGCUUUCUCCUACCUUGGUCCGCCGCACUUUUCGUCGCUGGCUUCGUGUUACGCGAGUACAAUGUUCGAGGUCACCUGGAUAACCUGAAUGUCUUCAUUGCGUCUGCGGUCCUUUUGUUCGCCGGUCCUCCUGUCUACAGCGGCGCUGACUAUUUUAUUCUCGGCCGAGCUCUCUAUUACAUCCCUUAUCUCAGCCCACUGCAUCCUGGUCGUGUGUGGUCGACAUUCAUUGGUCUCGACGUGGUCAUUGAGACCCUUGCAGCGAAUGGAGCAGCACUCUUCGUGAAUCACGGCGCUACCCCAGAACGACGACAAAUUGGAUUUGAUCUUGUAAAGGCCUCCUUAGUGAUGCAAGUGAUCCUCUUUUUUGGCUUCGCAAGCAUCGUUGCCUUGUUUCACAUUCGCGCACGAAGAGCUGGCGUCUUCAAUCACAAAUUGAAAGUCAUCAUCUACACCAUGUACGCAUCUUCCACUCUGAUAUUGAUGCGCAACCUCUUCCGGACUGUUGCCAUCUUCAUACCACAUGAUUCCUAUACGAACACGACCGAAUGGCUGAUAUGGGUGUGGGAGAUGGUUCCCAUGAUAUUCAAUACCUUCCUGCUCAAUAUCUGGCCACCUGCGAAGUAUCUGCCUCGGGAUAACAAGGUCUACCUGGCAAGAGAUGGCAUGACAGAGCUCCAGGGACCAGGUUGGGAGGACAGACGACCUUUCUUGUUGACGGUUAUUGAUCCUUUCGAUGUUAGAGGACUGGUCAAUGGUGAGGAUAGCAAGAACCGUUUCUGGGAGAAAGAUGGAAUUGAGCCAGCUGAGGUAAAGAAGCACAAUGGGCCCCAAACGAGUGAGAAAGCGGUCUGA